UGUUGAAAAAAUUCACCCAAUCUAAUCGAAAACCAAUUUGACCAAAUUCAUGAAUUAUUGAAUUCUGUGGGAUCUGAUCUCUCCUAUUAUACUCAUGUACGAAGUUGAAGUUGCGCACAGUUGGGUUUUCUACUUCGCGCCUCUGUAUCUUUACAUUCUCCUUCCUUUCAGUUAGAACUCAGAGAUGGACGGAUUCAAGCUUUACAUACGUGGCGCUACAAAAAUUUCUUUAAAUGAUAAGAGAUAUCACGUGUUUCUGAGUUUCAGGGGGAAAGAUGUGAGAAAGACUCUCGUUGAUCAUCUCUUUCAAGCUCUUUCCGCAGCUGGAUUGAAUGUGUUUCUUGACAGCCACAAAUUAAAAAAGGGGGAAAUCAUUGAUUUAGGCCUGGAAAAUGUAAUUAAGUGCAGUUCAAUACGCAUUCCUAUAUUUUCUAAAGGAUAUGCAAGCUAGGCAUGGUGUCUCAAGGAGGCUGCCUUAAUGUUGGCUUCCCCUGGGUUGAUCAUUCCUCUUUUUUAUGAAAUGGAACCGACCCAUGUUAGAUAUCCUCAAGGAAGCUCUAGCCCUUAUGAGAAAUCAUUUGAAAAAUAUUAUAGCCAAUUAGAUCGAUAUUCAAGAGAAGAGAUUGAUGGGUGGAAGCAUGCCCUUGAGCAGAUCUGUUGUCGCUCAGGCUGGUCCCUGGAUAUGACUGGAAGCUUCGAAGCUCAGCUAGUGAAGAAGGUCGUGAACGACAUAAUAAAGACACUUGACAGGGUGCCGUUACAAGUUGCCAAAUACCCAGUGGGAUUAGAAACGGUGAAAAAAGAUCUCAUUCAGAAAUUGCAUCUCGGUUCAGCCCAAACAGCGGUUAGAUUUGGAAUAUGGGGUAUAGGCGGUAUUGGUAAGACCACAGUUGCAAAGGCCGCGUACAAUGAAGCUUGUAAUGAUUUCGAUGCUGCUUCGUUUGUAUUUAAUGUCCGCUCCACUAGCCUUACAAAAUUGCAGGGGCAAAUUCUCAAAGAUUUGGUCAACUAUGAAGAAGAACUGCAGAGUGUGGAAAAGGGCAAAUAUUUGUUGGCAGAUCGUUUGCGAGGAAUCCGUGCCCUUGUCAUUUUGGAUGAUGUGGAUGACCGAGUGCAAUUGGACGCCUUAGCUGGGCAUUGGUUGUCUCCUGGCAGCUGCUUAAUCAUAACUUCUCGAGAUCGACACAUUCUCAAUACAGCUCACAUCUCAUCCGUAUGCAUUCACCAGAUGAGCGGAUUGGAAGAAAGUGAAGGUCUCCAAUUGCUUAGCUGGCACGCCUUCCUCAGACCGUCCCCAAUUCCUGGUUAUGAAGUGCUCUCGAAAAGAAUAGUGCAGGCUUGCAAGGGGCACCCUCUUUCUCUGGAAAUCAUUGGAGCUUUCUUGUAUGAUAAGCAGAACGACACAGAUAUUGACUCUUGGAAUGAAAUUCUUGACAACUUUACAGUGAACAAAGACAUAUUUAAAACACUCAAAAUCAGUUUUAAAGGUCUUAGUGCUGAGGAAAGAGAAAUAUUUUUGGACAUUGCUUGCCUUUUUAUUGGGGAACGCACAACUAAUCCCAUUCUUUUCUGGAAAUCCAUGUACAAGAAUGUGCGCAUUGCUAUCACCAAUCUUUCAAUGAAGCUGCUGAUAAGGAUAGACGAGAAAGAUGUAUUUGAUAUGCAUGAUCUUGUGCAAGAUAUGGGGCAAAUGGUUGCUGAAGAAGAGCAAACCCGGCAAUGGCAGGCUGCGCAGUCAAGCAGUUCAUCCAAAAAUGUAAGCAAUAUCUCUGGCCUUCGUCUCUAUAAAGGUGAUUUACGGAGUCUUAAAAUGUUGGGCACACCUAGUCUUCACUAUCUUCAUUUGGAGCAAGUGCACAUAGAAGAUAGCAUAGACAAUCUUCCUCCAAGUUUGAGAUGGCUAAAGGUGGAUUCUUGUUCCUUUCCGAAGACAAUGCACAGCUCGAUUUUGUUCGAGGAAGUAAUUUUAGCAAUGAAGAAUAAAUUUACCUCUGUUGUGGACAGCUUACCGCAAUUGAGGAUCAUGGACUUGACUGGCUGCAGAUCCUUACAAAACCUCCCUGACAGCAUUGGUCAUUUGUCACAUUUGCAGUCCUUGAAUUUGUCUGAAUGUCAGAAGUUGGAUUGUCUUCCUAACACCAUUUCCAACCUCUCACAACUGCUAUACUUGAAUUUGAGUUACUGUGAAAACUUACUAUACCUUCCUGACAACAUUGGAAACUUGUCACAGCUACAGUACUUGAACUUAACUUGUUGUAGAAUCUUAAUUGAACUUCCUGACAGCAUUGGCAAGCUAUCACAGCUGAAGGAAUUAAGUCUGAGCUGGAGCGAAAAAUUGGAGAGCCUUCCAAAAAGCAUUAGCAAUUUGUCAAAGCUGGAAAUGUUGGAUAUGCUGAGGUGUCAUACCGCAUGGAAGUCAAUUCCUUAUUCCAUUUUGAUCCUGCCAGAACUAUGCCUCUUAGGAUUACCUACCCGGGUGAUGGAGUGGCGAUGGUGUAAACCAAGUCUAACAGAGAAUCAAGAUCAAACAGAGGAGUGGACUACUCCAAAGUUUAGAGAACCCAUGACAGAAUUUAGGGCAACCUUAGCUCCGGAAUGCCGUAAGUAAAUGCUAACAGUCAGUUCUUUAUAGCCUAUCUUAUAAUUUGAUGGAUUGAAAUUUUUGCUUUUCUCAAUUUGCAUGAAAUUGUAAAACAAUGCACUGCCUGCAAAAAUUUAUAUUGUUUAAACGAAGACCCGUACUCAAGUUGCCAGGCAAAGCAACAAAAGGCGAAGAGUUCCUAUACAGUUCCAGCAUAUUCUGUGUAAACAUUAAAGAAAAUGGAAACAUGAUGGAAGACCAAAGACCAUAGUGGAAAAUUGAACCAAACAUAUGAAGAGUCUGCUGUUACAAUUUAAUUGUUGUAAAGGAGGAAGUGAAGAAUAUUAAAUGCAUGCAUUCUUGAGGCGUUUCAGCUACGCAACUCUUCACUCAUUGUAUGGGAAGGAAGGUUUUUGGCUCAUGGGAUUUGGCACAGGGCUUUGGAAAAUUUUGUCUUCUUCCAUUGAUAGCACCUAUGGAGUCUACAUUUGAAAAUUAUCCGAUGGGUUUUUUUGGCAAAUUGUCAUAUGGGCUCUAUGCAAAACUGAUAUUAUAUGUGUUGUGACCAGAGGUUCUCUUC